CGCGCAGCUUGGAAGAACGAACUCUCUGAUCCAGCUAUCUUUGAGAAAUACCUUACGCACCCCUUCAAUAAUAUCAAUGCUGAGAACCUCGAGCGAAAUCUUUACUGCUUGAACUGCGAAGAGAUUCGCUUUAAAAAUGAGAAAGGAACCAUAUUCAUCGCUCGAGGGAGUGGUGAAAUGAUCCUUCCUGCUAAAAUUGGGGUACUCAUAAAGGGUGGAAAGUCACGAGUCACAGAAAGGCCAUAA